CCGGUAAUUGAGGCUUUGUUGAUUGAUAUUUUGUGGUUUUGUGUACGAGGCAAAGCUGUAACACUAGCUUGAGCUGGAAUAUUCAUGCAUUAUUUUUCAUGCAUCCUUUUGUCAUACUACAAGAUAAAAAUUUGGUGAAAGUGAAGUGAAUUUCUGUAGCUUUGAAAUAAAAAAAUUGCCUUAGAUUCAAACUGAAAAGUAGAUAUGUGACAUGCAGUAAGAUCUCCUUUGUAUUUGCUUGUGGUUUUCUGUAAGAAUAUUGUUAAUGGUGCAGUGAGUUUUAGAUUGUCCUGAGCUGCAGCGGUGAUGGAGAAGCCGGCCAAGACGGCGGGCGAGGAGCCGAUUCCCGAGCGUCAGAGCGCCCGCAAGCGGGAGGCGGCUGAGCAGGAUGGACAGAAGGCCAUCAAGGCGAGGCGAACAAAGGAGCUGGACGACCCCCUGGAGACGGACUCGGGCUCCGAGAGCCGCGACAGCGUCAGCCGGCCCACGGAGGGCGGUGGCGGUGUGGCCGGGGGACGCGGCGGACAGGACACGCCGUCGGCCAAGUCGGAGCGGGAGGACGAGCCAGACUCGGAGCAGGAUGACCUGGCCGCCGCCACAGGGUUCCACGGCCUGGAGGGCGCCGCCUUCCAGAGCCGCAUGCCGUCCGACAAACUGACCUCGCUGGAGGCGUGCUGUCUGCCCGACAUCGCCAACGGCGCGCCGCAGACGCAGAAACUCUACAUCUACCUCAGAAACAGACUGCUGCAGCUGUGGAUCGAGAGCCCCAAGGAGGAGCUGACCUACUCGGGCGCUCUGGCGCAGAUCGAACCGCCGUACAACACCGACACUAACCUCAUACAGCGCACGCACGCCUUCCUCGCCCGCCAGGGCUACAUUAACUUCGGCAUCUUCAAACGUGUCCAGGCACUACCCAGUGAGAAGCGGGGCCGUGUGCUGGUGAUCGGGGCCGGUAUCGCUGGUCUGACCGCCGCCAGACAGCUGCAGCAGUUUGGAAUGGAUGUCACCGUGCUGGAGGCCAGGGAGCGUGUGGGAGGCCGUAUCGCUACCUUCCGCAAGGGCAACUACAUCGCCGACCUGGGCGCCAUGGUGGUAACAGGACUCGGCGGAAACCCGAUCGCCAUCGUCUCCAAACAGAUCAACAUGGAGCUGCACAAGAUCAAACAAAAGUGUCCUCUCUACGAGAGCAGUGGCAGCAGUGAGGUGCCCAAGGAUAAGGACGAGAUGGUGGAGCGUGAGUUCAACCGGCUGCUGGAGGCCACCAGCUACAUCUCACACCAGCUCGACUUCAACUACGUCGGCAACCGGGCCCUCUCCCUCGGCGAGGCCCUGGACUGGGUCAUCAAGCUGCAGGAGAAGGCAGUCAAGGACAAGCAGCUGGCUCAUUUCAAGCUCAUCAUCUCACUUCAGGAGAAACUGAAGGCAAACUUACACAGGCUGUCGGAGCUCGGAGACCGGAUCCGCCAGCUGCACCAUCAGCAUAAGAAGCUCACAGAGGAGAAGACAGGCAAGGACAUCACGCAGGAGUUUGUGAUCCGCACCAAACGCUACGACCUCAGCAGCGCGCUGAAGGAAUGGGAUUCGCUCCAUGAACAGCAGAAGGAGAUCGAAGAGAAGCUGCACGAACUGGAAGCCUCCCCGCCCAGCGACGUGUACCUGUCGUCUCGGGACCGUCAGAUCCUGGACUGGCACUUUGCCAACCUGGAGUUUGCCAACGCCACGCCGCUGUCCAACCUGUCGCUGAAACACUGGGACCAGGAUGACGACUUUGUCUUCACCGGCAGCCACCUGACCGUCCGUAACGGCUACUCAUGUGUGCCGGUGGCGAUGGCCGAGGGUCUGGACAUCCGACUGAGCACCGCCGUCACCAAGAUCAGCCACGACCAGAGCGGUGUGCGGGUCGAGACCAACGACCCGCGCACCAACGUCGCGGCCACCUUCGAGGCCGACGCGGUGCUGUGCACCCUGCCGCUGGGCGUGCUCAAGCACUCGCUAGCGGCCGGCGGCGGCGUCAACUGUCCCCGCUUCGAGCCGCCGCUGCCAGAGUGGAAGCACGCCGUCAUCGACCGAUUGGGCUUCGGUAACCUGAACAAGGUGGUGCUCUGCUUCGACCGCAUGUUCUGGGACCCCAACUCGAACCUGUUCGGCCACGUGGGCAGCACCACCACCAGCCGAGGAGAGCUGUUCUUGUUCUGGAGUCUGUACAAGGCCCCUGUCCUGCUGGCCCUGGUGGCCGGGGAGGCGGCAGCCAUUAUGGAGACGGUCACAGACGCUGUGAUUGUCGGGAGGUGUAUCGCCGUGCUGAAAGGAAUCUUCGGCUCCAGCGGCGUACCCAGGCCCAAGGAGACGAUAGUGACGCGGUGGCGCGCUGACCCGUGGUCGCGCGGCUCCUACUCGUUCGUGGCCACCGGCAGCUCGGGUAACGACUACGACGUCAUGUCGGCGCCCGUCUCACUGUCUGCCCAGCAGCAGCAACAGCCACAGCAACAGAACGGCGACACCCAGGCCAAGCCUCGUCUGUACUUUGCCGGUGAGCAUACAGUACGCAACUACCCCGCCACGGUGCACGGCGCCAUGUUCAGUGGACUGCGGGAGGCGGGCCGGAUCGCCGACAACUUCCUCGGACCAUCCUACGGACCGCGCAGCUGAGCGGACGCUGUGGAGGGUGAGGUCGGCCCGGUGGAGCCGUCCCCACCGCUGCGGAGGGUGUGGGGGAGAAAACAUGGUGUCCGGUGCUACAACUCACACGUCUGUGAAGGUGAACGGACGGAAGGACAGACUGGACCUGUUAUGGAACCGGUGUUGUGUCGGUGUAGGUUGUGUGAGCUGGCAGACCUCACUGGAUGAGGCCAUAGAGAAGAGUUUUGCGACGUUGCUUGAGCCGGCUGAUGAUUGUUCCUCGAUGCGAUUGUAAUUGUAAGUUAAAUAUGCAAACAUGUGUCCGCUGUGCUUUUGAGGGGAUUUCCUCGCCUCUUGCCAUUCCUCUUCUGCGUCUGUAUGGCGUGUACAACAUCGCGUGGACAGAGACGGAGCCUGAGCUGACUGCGUCAGCCAAAAGUGGGCAGCCCAUAAUAAUUGAUCUCCCGUCAGCACUCGUGUGCUGAUGAUGUGCAAGUUGAGCGUGAGAGGGGAGUCGCGCAGAGUUGCAGCUUGCUUUCCGCUAUAGUUUGUGACAGCCUUUUGCUGCUGCUAGUGUUUUUGAAAACGCAAUUCCGCUCUCCACUAAUAACGGUGGUAUUUUGUAUAAAAGUGUUCGAGUGGACGAACGAAUGUAGUAGGUAUUUUGUACGUUAGUGUUUGUAUGCUUGUAGGAUGGUAGUUAUAGAGAGCGUCAUUUUCAUACGGAUCAUGCAUGCCUAAUCGCACAAGUCACGCUUCACCUGCAAUGUUCAAUAGAUUGAAUUGAAGUUCGGUAUUUAUUUUCUCGAUCAGCUGUUUGCUGAGCGAGCAUGUUCUGAAACUUGUCAACGCGCUUAGAAUGUAAUAGACAUUAGUUUGUAA